AUGCACCCACGCAUCUCAGGACAAGGGGUUUUCCCCCGAUAUGGUGGUGGAUGGAUGCAUCAGUUUGGACACGUUUAUGCCCUGCAGCAGGAGUUACUUAGUCCGCAGUCAAAUAACUGGUUUCGGGCGAUUGAGUUAUGGCACACCGCCCGUCAUGAAGGAGUUGCGCUCAAUGCUGCUCAUUACACUAACAUUCUUCGACAGUGUGUGCGACCUGCUGCAUGGGAGGCGUCAUUGGCGGUACUUCACCAAAUGCAGCGUGAAGGCAUUCGACCUGAUGUUGUUGGGGUAGGUUGUGUGCUUGCAUCAUGCGCAGAGGCUAAUAGAAGUCAUGAGGUUGAGGAGGUAUUCAAAAAAUUUAGUGGCAAGAUGAAGCUAGAUAGUGUAUGCUAUCUGGCGUUAAUAAAAGCCAAAAUGUCUCAGGAAAAAUGGACAGAGGCUAUUGAAGUUGGGAAACAGCAAGAAGCUGAGGGUAUACCUUUUCUUCCAUAUACAUUUACUCAUUUACUUGAGGCAGCUAAUGAGGCUGACGAUGCGAUGUUUGCAUUAGACUUGGUGAGACGAAUGCGCGGAGAGCAAUGGGAGUUAGCUGAGAGAGGACGUAGUGCAUUUAAGAAGUUGUGUAUGCGUCAUGACUGGAAUGAUGAGUAUGAACAACUGGUGGGAAUUACCGAUGACAUGAAAGAAUUCCCUCAGCUCUCCCCUGGAGACCAUGUGUGA